AUGUGUCGCUCCAAUGACCACCCAAACCUCCAUUACUGUGUCUGCCAAAUGCAACACAGCAAAGAAUCAUGCAGUGACCUUGGGUUCCUUGUCCCACUUGGCCUAAAAGAAUCCAAUCCCCCUCCAAUCCCAUCUCUCGUGUACUGUGAAUCCCAGAGCGAUGCUGAGCGGAGUGCCAACUUCCUCAGGUCACAAGUUUGCACAUCCCUCCAAGAGAAAGUUGUUUGGGUUCACUCCAGGAUGUUGGAUGGACAUAAGUUGAAGGUAGUCAACUCAUUU